GUGAGUUUUUUUCCCCUCCAACUCGUGUGGUCGGCGUCAUAAGAGAACGGAGAAACGUGGACGUUGGUACCUGUUUUUGAUGUCAAAUGUUUUAUUUAUCAGAGUCUGCGGUCUGACAGCGAUUAAGAUACAUUUAAUUAAAAUAGUCCAGUCGGAAACGCGUAUUUGAAAAAUGACGGAACAGUCCGCGUUGUUGCUACGUAAACAAUUAGCAGAGUUGAACAAAAACCCAGUGGAAGGCUUCUCUGCGGGUCUUGUGGAUGACAAUGACAUCUUUCAGUGGGAAGUGGUCGUCAUCGGACCCCAAGACACGCUAUUCGAAGGGGGGUUCUUCAAAGCCACAUUAUCCUUUCCCCGGGAUUAUCCUUUAAGGCCUCCCAAAAUGAAGUUCGUCACUGAAAUCUGGCAUCCAAACGUUGCAAAAAAUGGUGACGUGUGCAUCUCUAUCCUCCAUGAACCCGGAGAGGACAAGUUUGGCUAUGAGAAACCAGAAGAGCGCUGGCUGCCAAUCCACACUGUGGAGACCAUCAUGAUCAGUGUCAUCUCCAUGUUGGCAGACCCAAAUGGAGACUCCCCCGCCAACGUUGACGCGGCGAAAGAGUGGCGUGACGAUCCAAAGGGCGUUUUUAAGAAAAAGGUUGCACGUUGUGUGCGAAAAAGUCAAGAGAUGGCGUUUGACUGAUUUUUUGUAUUUUUAUUUUUUGCAAUUUUGGGGAUUGAACAAAAAGCUCAGCCGUGAGGUAGAACAGAGUCCACUACUGACUGACCCAUCAAUGAAAUACUUUGAUUGAGGAUUCAAGAUGCUACAACUCCAUGUACAUACAUCAGAUUAUUAUCCCCUCUCCCUUUUCUAACCAGUUACUUUAUAUAAACCUAUUUAUUUUUGGAAGGAGAACCAGUCAAGAUGCUUUUGGGGGGCGGGUUUACUUCUGCCACACUGAGCCAUACAGCCUACAGUGCCUCAAUAAUUAAAAAAAAAAAAAAUAACCGAGGGCUUGUUUGUGGGAGGAAAAAAGAAUAAAGGAAAUGCAAACAUUAAUGCGGGGAAGAUGCAUCUAGGAGGCAUGGUAGCUGUGUCGUACUUCGAAGUGGACAGUUUCUGUAUGUGUGAAGAAUAAAGUAAACAUGGUUCAAUAUUA